CGAAGAGAAUAAAGGCGGAGAGGGACUCGUAGCUUUGCUCCGACCUUCAUUUUCUCUCCAACACCGAUAAAGCUUCAACCGAGAAUCCAAUUCGCUACAGUGACGCUCCACCGUACACUCGCCCGCAGAGAAUAACUCCCACCAUGGCUGCACAGGAGCACGAACAGCCGCUUCUCGACUCCGAAGGCCGCGACCAGUUGGAAGAGACAGCCUACGACUCGGACGACAAGGUCCACAUCGUCGGAAUCGACGACGCCGAUGACGGCUCCAGAACGCCGCCGUUUUCAUGGAAGAAGCUCUGGCUGUUCACCGGGCCGGGGUUCCUGAUGAGCAUCGCUUUUCUCGACCCGGGAAACCUGGAGGGCGAUCUUCAGGCCGGAGCGAUCGCCGGGAACUCGCUGCUGUGGCUUCUGAUGUGGGCGACGGCGAUGGGGCUUUUGGUGCAGCUGUUGUCGGCACGGCUCGGCGUGGCGACGGGGCGCCACCUGGCGGAGCUGUGCAGGGAGGAGUACCCGAGGUGGGCUGGGCUUGUGCUGUGGGUGAUGGCUGAGCUGGCGCUGAUUGGGGCGGAUAUUCAGGAGGUUAUAGGUAGUGCGAUUGCGAUUAAGAUUUUGAGUAAUGGGGCUUUGCCGCUUUGGGCUGGAGUCGUCAUAACGGCGUUGGAUUGUUUUAUCUUUCUACUUUUGGAGAACUAUGGCGUCAGGAAACUGGAAGCUGUUUUCGCAGUUCUAAUUGCAACAAUGGCGCUAACAUUUGCCUGGAUGUUUGGUGAAGCAAAGCCAAGCGGCAUUGAACUUCUGCUUGGUAUUCUGAUUCCGAAACUUAGCUCCAGGACAAUCAAGCAGGCUGUUGGAGUUGUGGGGUGCAUUAUUAUGCCUCACAAUGUGUUCUUGCACUCGGCUCUUGUACAGUCGAGAGAGAUUGAUCUCAGCAAGAAAGGUCGAGUUCAGGAAGCUCUCAAUUACUAUAGCAUUGAGUCCACCAUUGCUCUUAUUAUCUCCUUCGUUAUCAAUCUGUUUGUUACCACCGUGUUUGCCAAGGGUUUUUAUGGUACUGAACUGGCGGAUAGUAUAGGCCUUGUAAAUGCAGGGCAGUAUCUUCAAGAGAAGUAUGGGGGUGGUUUGUUCCCAAUUCUUUACAUUUGGGCUAUCGGUUUAUUAGCGGCUGGCCAGAGUAGCACUAUCACAGGUACCUAUGCAGGGCAGUUCAUCAUGGGAGGUUUCUUAAACUUGAGAUUGAAGAAAUGGAUGAGGGCAUUGAUCACAAGAAGCUGUGCAAUCAUUCCAACUAUAAUUGUUGCUCUAGUGUUUGAUACAUCUGAGGACACAUUGGAUGUUCUGAAUGAGUGGCUUAAUGUGCUUCAGUCAAUUCAGAUUCCUUUUGCCUUGAUUCCCUUGCUUUUCUUGGUGUCAAGCGAGCGAAUCAUGGGAUCUUUUAAGAUUGGCAAUGUUCUCAAGAUGGUUGCAUGGCUUGUGGCUGCACUGGUGAUGGUGAUCAAUGGCUAUCUGUUGGUGGACUUCUUUUCUAACGAAGUGAACGGGGUGUUGUUUGGCUGUGUAGUCUGUGCCUUUACUGCAGGAUAUGCAGCGUUUAUAGUCUACCUUGUUUUCAAGGGAAUCACCUUUCCAAGGUGGGGCAAAUCAAAGAGUGUCACUGACACACUGAACUGAGUAAUCAUUAAAACUAAACUCAGUCGCAAGAAAAUUGUGCUGUAUACUAUUGCCAAAUCUCCAACUGUCAGGAGUGCAUAUAAACAGAGCGGUUGCUGAUUAAGAAACAUAAGCUCAUUGUUUCUUCUGUAUUAUAGUUGUGUUGUAUUCAGAGAAUAGAUUAGAAAAGCUGGUCAUCCUACUGAUGCUUGUGGUAGCACAAUAUCAACAUGAUAGACAUUGCCUUGGACACUGUACUAAAUUUAAAUCAUCAAUGAAAUAUCCUUUUGGCAUC